UAAAGUGUUUCUCGGGAAUCGGUCGAGAUUGAGCGAGAUUCGAGAAUUCCUCAUACAUUUUGUUCAACAAAAAGUGACUUUUCUUCACUGAAAAUGAGGAAUUUUUUCGAAAAAUUCUUCGAAAUUCGAAAAUAACCAAACAAUAUUUUCGGAAAAAAAAUCUACGACGCUGGAUUGUCACAUUAUGUAUAUGUUUUUAGUUGGCGUGUAAACAAUAAAGAAAAUUUCUAAUAAACCUGUAAAAACUAUUAAAAACUCGUAAAAUAUUCGCUAGAAAUAUCUAUUCUGAUUUAAUUAAAAAUCAUAUUUGUUAAAGAAGUGAAAAAAUAAGAAGAGUAAGGAAAAAUUACUGUAAAAAAGGAAUCUAAACGUGUAAGGAUGCGAUCGGAAUUAGAGUCUUUUACACUCAAGCAGAGGUUGAUUUAAAUUAAUAGCGAUGGCUACUUUACCAACAACUCGCUACAAUGAAAUUUACGCUCAGCAGACACAAACAGGGCAUUCUGAUUUACCGUCUUAUCAGGCAUCCAUCACAAAUUCUGCAAAUAGUGACAACACCCAAGUUCUACCGUCAACAACUGUUCACAGUAACUACAAUUUAGGUGAUCCCCCGACAUAUGAGGAGGCAAUUGAUCCCGAUGCACCCCCGCCUUCGUACGAUUCUCUUUAUGGCCGUGUUCGUGAAGUACACAGAUCAUCAAAGGGAUUUUUGGAUUUUCUCAAAAAUAUCGUCAUUCUUUUAUUAGGAACCCUUGGAUUUACGGUAAUUCUUGGAGCAACACUUGUACCAAUAUGUAUGAUAAUUUUUGGCUCCAUUUAUCUAUAUGACUGCCCCCAAGGCGAAUACAUUCCUGUGUACCUUCUCGUUGGAGGGGGUUUCGGGGUCAUAAAGCAAUUGCUACACCUUUCGACUCGUGUACGGAGUCGUGAACAGCAGGUAGAGGAGGAGAUGCGACAGUCGUCCACACAAAUGCUUUUAAAUUGCUUCAUUUUAGGCUGGUUCAUCAUCGGAUCCUACUGGGUAUAUAAAGAGUAUGAACCGAACUAUGAUCCAACAAAAGGAGAAUUUUGCAAUAAGUCUCUCUAUUUAUUUGCCUUCUGGCUGGUAACUUCUAUCUACAUUACCACCGGGCUCGUGCUCUUUGUCCUUUGCUUUAUUAGCAUAGCUAGUGUCAUUGCAAAACGCCACACAUAGACUUUUUUAUUGAUGCCCUAAUGACCUGAAUGCUGACGAUUUUAUUAUCAGAUAAAUCACUUAAAAAAUAUAAGGCCUCACGAAGUACCAUAUUUGAUAUAAGUAAGAGAAAAAUUAUUACCAAGUGUGAUCAACAACUCAGUUUCCCCAUAAAACUGUUAUUAUAUUAAAAGAUCAAGUUUUUUUUGUUAUCUAUUGGCGAAAUAUUUUGAGUGAAUUGGUUGAAUUAUACAUACCGAUUCUUAGCCCUUAAAAAAUUUAGAAUCCUUGCUAUUUUCUUUUAAUUUUUUAUUCUAAACCCUUGAGUAUGGGGUACUUAAUAUAGCAUUUUUCACUCUUUAAUUUUAGAAAGGUGUGAACUUUUUCAUCGCCCGGAAACAUAAACAGUAAAAAUUGGCUCACUUUCUGGACAGAAACCGUGCAGUGUGUAUGCUUGUAAAAUUAUUAUACCUCUUACCCAUCUUACAUAUAAUAAUAAUAAUAAUAAUUGUUAUUUUAUAA